AUGGUUCAGCAAGUUGCCGGAUCCAAAGUCCUCCUCCUUGGCUCGGGCUUCGUGACCAAGCCCACUGUUGAGGUUCUCAGCAAGGCUGGCGUCGAGGUGACCGUCGCCUGCCGUACCCUCGAGAGCACCCAGAAGCUCGGCGCUGGAUUCCAGAACACCAAGGCCAUCUCGCUGGACGUUAACGAUGCCGCGGCCCUUGACAAGGCCCUGGAGCAGGUUGACCUGGUCAUCUCCUUGAUCCCCUACACCUUCCACGCGACGGUGAUCAAGGCGGCCAUCCGCACCAAGAAGCACGUUGUGACUACCUCGUACGUCUCGCCGGCGAUGAUGGAGCUGGAUGAAGAGUGCAAGAAGGCUGGAAUCACGGUCAUGAACGAGAUCGGUCUGGAUCCUGGCAUUGAUCAUCUGUACGCGGUCAAGACCAUUUCCGAGGUGCACCAGGCUGGCGGCAAGAUCACAUCCUUCCUGUCGUACUGCGGAGGACUCCCCGCCCCCGAGGACUCGGACAACCCGCUCGGGUACAAGUUCUCGUGGUCAAGCCGGGGCGUGCUCCUGGCGCUGCGCAACGCGGCCAAGUUCUACAAGGACGGCAAGGAGUUCAGCGUGGAGGGCCCGGAGCUGAUGGCGACGGCCAAGCCCUACUUCAUCUACCCUGGUUUUGCGUUUGUCGCGUACCCGAACCGCGACUCGACCCCGUACCGCGAGCGGUACAACAUCCCCGAGGCGCAGACCAUCGUCCGCGGCACGCUGCGCUACCAGGGGUUCCCGGAGAUGAUCAAGGUGCUGGUCGACAUGGGAUUCCUCGACGACACCCCCGCCGACUUCCUCACCAAGCCCAUCGCCUGGAAGGAGGCCACCCGUCAGAUCCUCAGCGCCACCUCGGCCUCCGAGAAGGACCUGCAGUGGGCUAUCGCCUCCAAGACCGGUUUCUCCGACAACGAGGAGCGCAACCGUCUCCUCGCCGGGCUGCGCUGGAUCGGCCUCUUCUCUGACGAGCUCAUCACCCCGCGCGGCAACCCGCUCGACACCCUCUGCGCUACCCUCGAGCAGAAGAUGCAGUACGCCCCGCACGAGCGUGACCUCGUCAUGCUCCAGCACCGCUUCGAGAUCGAGCACGCAGACGGCGCCACCGAGACCCGUACCUCCACCCUCUGCGAGUACGGUGUCCCCGGCGGCUACUCCGCCAUGGCCAAGACCGUCGGUGUUCCCUGCGGUGUCGCCGUUAAGUUGGUCCUUGAUGGAACCAUCAGCCAGAAGGGCGUCGUCGCUCCCAUGUCCUGGGAUGUCUGUGAGCCUCUCAUCAAGACGCUCAAGGAUGACUAUGGUAUCGAGAUGAUCGAGAAGACUCUUUAA